ACUUUUCCGAGGUCGGUCAAGUUUCCCAUAGUUCAAUCCUAUACAGGUCUACUCAAACAAAUGAUUCUACCCAAUGCAAAGGGAAACCGGAAGUCUUGGUUUAGUAUCGAACGCUCAAGACGACAUGAUACGUUCCUUCCUGGUGCUACUUCCGGAAGUCUCCUUCACGACAAAGUUGGUGGGUAGCGGGUAGUUCCGUGCGGCAUUUUGUUCCGGACUCGAAAGAAAACCUCUGGCUUGGCCUCUCUGGCGACGUUCGGUGUCAUCCCCCCGCCCCCGCGACUAUGAUUCCGAUGCCGGUCGUGGUCUGCGUGCUGGGGGGCUGGUGUGCCGUGUACCUCGCCGACACGGUCUUGAAGUCGUCGUCUUCUCUGAAGGCAUCUUACGAGGACUGGCUCACAUCCUACGGUCUGACUGUCUCUCCAUUUCAUAUGCGAUGGCAGACAGCUCUUUUCAACCGCCUGUUCUACAAUUGGGGAAGAUGGAAGCCCAGAUUUCUUUAUCUAUGGUUUAGCUGCGGGAUGAUUUUUGGCAUAGCUGCUAUGUUUGGUUCUGUUGUUCUCCUGGGCAAGACGCUGAUGCAUACACUCACGCAGAUGCUCUCUGAAGCGCCUACAGGUCAGAAUGAUCAGAUGCUGCAGGUUGUGGUGCCUGGGGUCAAUCUUCCCAUCAGCCAGCUCUCCUAUUUCUUCACAGCAAUCCUCAUCAGUGGUGUUAUACAUGAAGUCGGCCAUGGGGUGGCAGCCAUUCGAGAGCAGGUUCGGUUCAAUGGCUUUGGAAUGUUUGUAUUUAUUGUUUAUCCCGGGGCGUUUGUCGAUCUGUUCACCACCCACUUGCAACUAAUUUCUCCAAUCCAGCAGCUAAGAAUAUUUUGUGCAGGAGUCUGGCAUAACUUUGUGCUUGGGGUUGCAAGUCUUGUGGUUCUCUUCUUACUGCCGGCCAUUCUUUUCCCCUUUUAUUACACUGGCACAGGGGCACUUGUUAUUGAAGUCGCAGAGGACUCUCCCGCUAAUGGGCCUAAAGGCCUUUUUGUCGGUGAUCUUGUCACCAGUCUGCAAGACUGCUCAGUUCAUAAUGUGGAGGACUGGAAUUCCUGCCUAGGAAAGAUUUCUCUGAAGCCACAAACAGGCUACUGCAUAAAGACAUCAGUACUUCAACAGCUAAGUUUCCCAUCUAGAGGUUUUAGAAGACUUGACGGUACUGUGGAAUGUUGUAGCAAUAAUAGCCUCACAGAUGUCUGUUUUUCAUACAGUAAUAAUCUGAACAGUCACCAGUAUGCUUGUCUGCCAGCCCGGAAAGCUAUUGAGGCUAGUCAACUUUGCCGAACUAAUGCUGAUUGCCGAAGGGACUUUGUUCCAAGCCUGUGUGUGACACCUUCUUUGGAAAAUCAAACCAGGCUCAUCCGGGUGAAGCAUCCUCCUCAGGUUGAUAUGCUAUUUGUUGGGCAUCCACUGCAUCUCCAGUAUACAGUGAGUCUCAGCAGUUUUAUCCCUCGACACAACUUCCUCAGCAUAGACCUGCCUGUGGUAAUGGAAACAUUUUGCAAAUAUCUAAUUUCACUCUCUGGAGCACUGGCUGUAAUUAAUGCAGUCCCCUGCUUUGCUUUGGAUGGUCAAUGGAUAUUAAACUCUUUCCUGGAAGCUACUCUUAGCAAGCUGGUUGUCGAAAAACAAAACAGGGAGCUUGUUGGCUUCUUAAUUUUGCUUGCUGGCAGCACACUUCUGGCUGCCAAUGUGGCACUCGGACUCUGGGUUGUGACAGCACGGUAGCACAUUAGCCAACGUUGACUUCUGAUCAUUUAUAUCCUAGCAAGAAAGAUGACUCUCCUGUGAGUUGUAAGUAAUUCAAGACUUGGUGAUUAUGAGCUAAAAGGACAUUUCUAAACAAACAAUAUUUGUGAAAACUGCAUUGAAAAAUGAUUAGAGUAAGACUUGGCUCAUUUAGAUUUCCAAACAGGAUCAUUAUUCAGCAUGGACAACUUGUGUAUGGGGUGGGGCGGCAGGGAAUUGCCAUGUCCUUUUAAUGCAGUGAACUGAAUCUCUGUGACGCACCUCACCACUGUUCAACCCAGCAGAGUCGUUUUGCUCUUCAUCUGGUCCUUUCCCAGUUUGGAUUCCAAAACAAUUGUCACCUGAGAUAAUUUCUAUCCACAGAUCGUGGGGGAAACGAUGACAACAUAAAAAUGACAUCAAGUAUUAGUUGCAUGUUUUAGUUUCACAUAUCUCUCACAUUUUAGCUGGCUUGCCUCCAGUUUUAUCAUCCAGAUGUCUAAAGGCUGCCAGCAGUUCCUAAAGUCUUUCUUGUGGUCCAUGCAGUCACAGGCAUCUCGUUUUUAGAGCCAGGGAGACACUUUAGCAGAAGGAAAAGUCAUUAAAAGUUGGAUGUGGCCUCCAGGCCAUACUUACCCUACCUGUGAUAUCAUUAAAAAGCUCUAGUAUCUUUUGAGAAGUAUUUGGGAAGCAGGCAAACAGCCCCCCGCCCCAGUCAACCACCCACCUCAAAUCAUAUUGUUAAAGAAUUAUUUGUGUUGCAUGUUUCGUUAUGAAGUUAACUGUAUGUUCAAAUGACAACUUGAAUUUCCCUGCAGUCUUCCACUGAAACAAUACUGUAUGAGACUUAGUAAAGUCUGGCAAUGUACUGUGUAUCUCCUUUCGGUGAUUAAGAGGAUGACUGCAUUUUGCUUGUUCAAAGUUGAAACUUACACUUCACCUAUACAGUAGGGUUGUUAUUAUGAAUCCUAUCAAAAUGUGUCUUCGUUUGUGUAUCUUUCCUUUUUUCACAUUCCAUGUAGAUGCUGCUUAGGUCUCUGGUGUCUGUAUUGUGUUUUGCUAUGGUAUUCUGUCUUACUAAAUGAGUAUGGUUAGGUGUCCUAUAUCAUGACACUGAUGUGCUCUUUGAGUGUUUCCCCAGCUGCAUGGAAGCUGAGAUAUGGCUGCCAUUUGGCUGGGAGAACUUUGAAAUGGCCCCUUAGGCAUGAUUACAGGCUGCUCUUCCGAGUCUGGAUUGUAUCCAAAAUGUGACCAUUCUCUUGCUGUCUCUGUUUGAAAUGAAUUGAUAUGUUGACUACUCAAAAUAUCUUCAAAGUUGUUCCCCCCCCCCCCCCCAACAUCCAUUUAUAUUUGCAUUUUAAAGUGUUUGUUUCAUGCUGAUCUUGGUCAAAUCAUCAUCUGCCUAAAGCAAACACUUGAUUCUACUCCAAGAAACGUAAAGUGUAUGCUUAUGCGUUAUAAUAAUUGGUUAUAAAGCUUCCUUGAAUGUGUUAUGGCAUAGAAGCAGAAUAUAAAUUUAAAUAUAAAAUUAAAAAAUAACCUGUGCUAUUUCAAAUUUAUACUUCAUUGUAAAAAAAAUCUGUAUCAGAUGGAAAAGUGUUUGAUAUUCAGAGAGGCUGUACAUAAUUUAGUCUGAAAUUCCUAAGCACACUUAAUAGGGAUUAAGCCUCAUCGAUCUCAAUGGGGUAGUCAAGAAUUUCUUUUGAGUAGACAUGCUUAGGAUUGCACUGCACAAUUAAUACUUAUCUGGACUUUUAAGUGACAAAUGUUACUGUUAAGUCUUCAAAUGAACAUAGAGCUAACACGUUUAUUUCUAUAGAAUGAUGUAAUUGUGAUGAAUGCAACUAUGUAAAGAAUUAAUGGAAAAGAAAAUAAUAACAAUAAAAUAUAAUUUAAUGUUUUUUCCUGCACUAAGUUACAAAAUAAACUUUUUGUUUAGUUGGAAGUACAUCUCUACAAAUGUUGUAUACUGACUUUGCAAAACUGUUACUUAUCUAUGGACCAUAAUGUUGACAGUUUUAUGGCUGGACAAAUGGUCCAACAGGGUCAAACAAUGGCACUUGGGAAGCCCAUCUGCCUAGACCACAGUCCAGCACAGUGGUAGAAAUGGUUUCAGUA